AUGCAAGGAGACACAAUAUACAAGAUGGACUUUGGUAAUAAUAGUGUGAACAACUACUUUGAUAUUAGUUGUGACUCAUUCUUGGGCAUGCACUACUUUCAAAGGAAUCAAUUGGAGCUUGAUAAGUCAUUGGCUGAACAAGAACUACAGAUAACAGCUAAUACUGCGACGACAAUGACAACGACAACGACCAAUGAUCAAUCUGACACAUCAUCGACUUCAUCAAAAUCAUCAUCAACCUCAUCAACAUCAUCAUCACUGGCAUUACCUUUCAUUCUUAGACAGAUACGACAUUUGGAAUGUUUAUUGCUCACUUGUGAUCUGAAGGGAUGUGGCAAUCCUCCACCUAUUAGGACAUCAAGUCCCAAUGCAUCGGGUCAUCUGCCCAACAGUAAUGAGUUGAGGAAUGGUCUAAACAGACAGAUAUGCAGAGAUAUGCUACGAGACUACUAUCAAUUGUUUGAUCGAGAGAUGAACCGAAUCACGCCCAUACCCACGCCGCCAGCCAACCUACCUCAACUACUUGGUGAGCUCAAUGAGCAAACUCUCAUGGCAUCACUCAAAGACAUCGAACAACUGCUGCCGCCCAACCGAACCACAAGAGCCGACCGUGAUCGUGAGAAGGAGAGGAUCAAGCAGCAGCAACAACUUCAACAACAACAACAGGCUAGCAUGGCAACUUCAAUGGACACAUCAUCAUUCACAAGGUCAAACUCUGGACCCCAACAACAAACAAGCGCGACACUCUCUGGCUUCAGCGACACGUACACAUCACCUCCUAAUCAGUUCAGACAAGCUCCACAGACUCAACAACAACCUCAAACUCAAGCGAAGCAAUUAAACUUCCAACAACAAGCACAGCCACAAGUUCAAACACAAUCAAUGGACUUGGACGAGGACCAACCACCUGACAACCCAUUCAAGUCGGCAAAGGUGCAGCUGAUAGAGAAUCAAGAGAAAAAGAACAAACAACAGCAACAGAUGAAUCAGAGGAGGCCUUUGCCAACAACAAGUGCAGCGCCAGCAAAGACAAACGCGGGCAAGGUGAUUGGCAUCAAGAGGAAAGGCUUCAUUGCCCCAUACAAACAGGACGACGAUGACGAGUACACCACUCAAGCACCACCAGACGAUAUUGUACAGCAGCCAUCCAAGAAGACAAACAACAAGCCAGCAGCGGGGACUGGGGCAAAGCCAGCGGCAGGACAGCAGCAACAGGGCAAGAAGGACGACGAGAGUAAUCCGGGUGGCAUAACAAACGUCAAUGGAGUGCAGCUGGAUGACGAGCGUCUGCGAAACGUUGAGCCACGCAUGCUGGAGCUGAUAUGCAAUGAGAUCCUGGACAAGAAGCAGACAACAUCGUGGAAUGAUAUUGCUGGGCUUCAGGACGUGAAGAAGCAGAUCAAGGAGAUUGCCACGCUGCCCCUUCUGCGUCCAGACAUCUUCAAGGGUCUGCGCAACCCACCCAAAGGCAUCCUAUUGUUUGGACCACCGGGCACUGGCAAGACCAUGAUUGGCAAGGCCAUUGCCAACGAUGUCAACGCCACAUUCUUCAGUAUAUCAGCAAGUUCAUUGACAAGCAAAUGGAUUGGAGAUGGAGAGAAGAUGGUUAGGGCAUUGUUCGCGGUGGCUAGGUGUUACUUGCCAUCGAUUAUAUUCAUUGAUGAGAUUGAUUCAUUGUUGACUCAGCGAUCUGAUGGUGAGAAUGAAGCGAGCCGAAGGAUAAAGACAGAGUUCUUGGUGCAAUGGGAUGGUGUGUCAUGCAAUGCCGAGGACAGGAUGUUGCUGAUAGGCGCCACCAAUCGUCCAGAGGAGUUGGACGAGGCCGCCCGUAGACGACUUGUCAAACGACUCUACAUCCCAUUGCCAGAGUACAUUGCUCGCUACCAACUCAUCCAACAUCUAGUAUCCAAAGAGCACAAUGAAAUGACAGAAGACGAUAUACAACGCGUGGCUGAGAAGACUGAAGGUUACUCUGGUUCCGAUUUGAAAGCACUGUGUACUGAAGCCGCAAUGGAGAGUAUCAGAUCCAUAACAGACAUUGAAACUACAUCACUAGAUGACAUUCCACCAAUCACUGUCAAAGACUUCCUCGAGGCCGUAAACAAGAUGAAACCAAGUGUAGCACAAAGUGAGCUCAAAUCAUACAUUGCAUGGAACAAAGAGUUUGGUGGACGUUGA